AUGUCGGGCAAGUUCGAGCCCAAGGCUCCUGUGAGCUUGAAUCCUCCCAAGAAUGAGCCCAUUUCUCUCGAGGAGCUGGCCAAGGCAAAUGGUAUUUAUGAGAGCUUCCCUUGUCAAUUCCUCCCCAUCACCAGCCAAUGCAGCGUCGACGGCGCGAAGGGGUACGUGGCCAUCAAGGGCAAGGUCUACGAUGUGACCGGGAACAAGGCGUACCAGCCGGGGGGGGCAUAUCACGUAUUUGUUGGAAAGGACGCCUCUCGAGCGCUCGGCAUGAUGUCUACCAAGGCCAACGACGUCGACGCCGACUGGAGCACGCUCGAUGACAAGGAAAAGAUCGUUCUGGAUGACUGGAUCACCUUCUUCUCCAAGCGCUACAACAUAGUCGGUGUGGUCGAGGGUGCGACGAAUAUGGAUUGA